UGUAAGGGGCGGAGCAUGUUAGUCUGCGGCCAGCUGAGUGCACUUUCGGGUGGGCGGACCGUAGCAGUGACAGUGACGCUCCGAGACUGUGGACAAACUGUCAAAAAGCACACAACUAACGCCAUGGCAGAGUUAGACCUGAGUCUUAUUGAUGCCCUGACGGACAGCGUCCCCCAGGCGGGCUCGGAAAGCGUAGUGGAGAGGGACUUUGUGGCUGAGCUGGAGGCUGAGACCUUUGAUGACCAGGUUGGAGAAACCAUAGGCAAGACAGACUACAUCCCUCUGCUUGAUAACGAUGGCACCACUGCAGACACAGGUGCUGCAUUGGAGAAUGGAGAGCAGGAAGCAAAGGGAGUACAGAUGCCUGGUUGUAAGCUGAUCGAGGGAGGAAAGACGUCAGUGCUGGGCCAGGAUCCACAGGGAGAGGUGUGGCCAGGCUCGUUUGAGAACCAGGCCUGUGUUGCAGAUUUAUUAUCAGGUUUCAGUGUACCUGAGGGGAUGGAGAUGGAUGUGGAGAUGGGCACUGCACCACUUCCUGCAGAGAGGCCUCCAAGUAUAGCAGUGCUCCAACAACCCAUCACCCCACUGGGUUCAGAUGCCUCAAAAGAGCACCCAAUCAUGUUGCCUGAACCCCUGGUCCCUUACAGCCCUUUGGAUCUGCCAGCAGGUGCCUUAGGUGACUCCUGGCCAGAACAGGCUGGCUGCCUACCAUCAGACCUCUGUUUCACACCCAGUGUCUCCACGGUGAUUAGUCGCCAUGCCGGUCAGCUUGCAACCAGCCUGGGUGACCCACCUGACACUUGGCCUAGCCAAGAAACCACUGCAUAUGCCGGAGGUGAUGAGAGGGAGGGGGAGGGAGAUGGAGCAGACAGGAAACAGAAGAAAAAGAAGAAAAGACGACAGAAGGAUGAGGGAUCUUAUGAAUAUUCAGAGAUCGGGGGUCAACCUGAGACACUAGUCCAAGCAGAAAACACUCCCCCAGCACCGGGGUAUUGCCACAGGAUUGGUCCACGGCGGGACAGAGGAGAGGGGGGCUGGGAGGAACACCUUGGGAAGAGUGGAGGCCGGGGAAAGAGGGGUAAGAGCAGGAAGAAGCUGCCGGAGGAAUGGGGUGUGAUGGCAGAGCCAACUGGUCUUUCAUCUGCCAUAACCUCUGAAAUCACAGAAGAAGUGGUUAUGGAACUUGGGAGUUCAGCACAGGUAAACCCACAGACCUCUGUUCCAAAUCCUGAGACCAACCCCUGGAGAAAAGAGUUUUACCCAGAUGAAAGCCCUGUGCCUUCCCCACUGUCCCAGGGCCUAUUCUCCACCAUAGCUGCUUCCUCUAGCCCACUGGUCAUGAAUAGUGAGCUGAAACCCACAGCAACUCCAUUCAUCAUGCCUUCUGUUGCUGACAAUGCUGUUGUUGGCUCUACCCCCAUGGCUCCUAACCUUGAUGAUGCAUUUGCUGCAGAUUAUCAUGGCCUCUUGAUGGAUAAUGAAAAUCCCAAAGUUGACCACAACACUCAAGCUUUUUCACCACUUUUCUCACCCAAUAAUGAAGUGGCAGGUGGUGACAUGGUCGAUAGCGGGAUGUUUGACAAAACAGGUUCCCUGCAAGAUUCUUUUGUUCAAGGAUUUAAUGAGGGAGACACCUCAGCUUUCAGCCCAGCUUACCCACCAAGCCCUGACUUAUCCCAAGAAGCCAUUCGUGAUGAGGUGUUAGCCUCUGCCCCUCCUCUCUCACCUUCAGAUGCUUCAUGGCUCCUGAAAGAUUCUCAGCUAAAUAGCAGCAGUCAGCCAUAUGAUGUUAGUGACGUCAGCAGUCCAGGUUAUGCAUUGUCUUUAGGCUUGACCUUUGACACGCCAAGCCCAGCACCUCUACGUUCCCCCAAAACCACACCUCAGGAAUUCCAACUCAAAGAGCAAAAAGAUACUAAAUCAGCCUCAAGGCAGUCCAAGAAGUCCCGUUCUUCAUCAUCUUGCUCUGUUAAGAGUCCCACCUCACCAGGAGUUAAGAAGAUCAAUUCACAGUCAUCUGCCAUUGUCAGCCCCUCCUUCCCUCCAUCCAUCACCCCCUUGGGAUAUGCAGGCUCUGGGCUUAACCCUGCUGCUAAACCCUUCUUUCCCAGCUUUGCUGAUCCCAUGGAUGAGCCAGCUACGGUCCUCACAGUUGCCCCCAUCAUCGAAGACAAGGGAGACAAAAAUGAGAAGAUGACAGACAACAUCAUGAAGGUGAACUUGAUUGAUCCCCUGGAUCAAGUUGAAGAGAAGAGUGGGAAGGCUGAAAACACAAGCAGUGUGACCUGUAUCAGUGUGGAUAAGGCCACAGAGAACAACAAAGACAAGCCGAAAGAGACACAAAAAGAAGAUAAAAUCAAGGAAAAUGCAAUGGGAAAAGAGACUGAAGAAAAUAAAGAAAAGGUGGAAGAAAAGGAAAAAGAUGUGGAAGAGGUGAAACAAGAGCAGAGUGAUACAAAAAAAGAGAAAGGUGAAGAAUUUAAAAAGCUGGAAGUAAAAGAGCAAGAAAUAAAAUUCGUGAAAGAAGUGCAGAAAGAGAUGGAAAGAGAGAAAGACAAAGAAUUAAAUGAGGUGGAAGUAAAGGAAAAAGAAAUAAAAUGGCUAGAAGAGCAGCAGAAGACAGAAAAAGAGAGAGGUGGAGAAUUAAAAAAGGUAGAAGUAAAGGAUAAUGAGAUGGAAAAGGUGAUUGAAGAACAGAAAGGGACAGAAAAAGAUGAAGGUGAAGACUUGAAAAAUGUGGAAGUAAAGGAUAAAGAGAUGGAAGGGGUGAAUAAAGAGCAGAAAGAGACAAAAAAAGAAAAAGGUGGAGGAUUUAAAAAGGCAGAAGUAAUGGAAAAAGAAAUGGAAGGGGUGCUAGAAGAGCAGAAAGAGACAGAAAAAUAUAAAGGUGGAGAAUUGAAAAAGGCAGACGUAAAGGAUAAAGAGAUGGAAGGGGUGAAUAAAGAGCAGGAAGAGACAGAAAAAGAAAAAGGUGGAGGAUUUAAAAAGGUAAAAGUAAUGGAAAAAGAGAUGGAAGGGGUGGAAGAAGAUCAGAAAGAGAUAGAUAAGAUUGAAUUAAUGCAGAAGAUGAAAAAAGCGGAUGAAAUUAUCAAAGUAAUGGAGUCACCAGCCAAGUCAGAAAAGACUGGAUUUGGAGAUUUGGAGACCAAAAAAAAAGUGGAAGUCGCAUUUGAAACAGUUAAAGUUGAGAAAGCAGAGAACAUAGAAAAGGUGCAGAGAAGUGAGACAUCCGACGUGGAUGAAAAGGUAGAAAACAAAAGCACUGAGCAGCUUGGUAAAGAGCAGGACAUUGGCAAAGUGGAAGAAACACCAGAACAGCAGUCAGCACCUGUCGAGUCCAGUACCGGUUUGGAUAAACUGCAAAAUGCAAUGGGAACAGAAACAAAAGACAAAGCACUGAGUGUUGAAACCAAGAAAGAAAAGCCUGACAUAAGCAAUGCCAAAAAGCCAGACAAAGUGGACAAGAUGGAGAAACCAUCUGGCACGCCAGCAGAAAAAUCAGUGCAAAAGAGUCAGAAGGAAUUUAAGCAGGACAAAAUACAUGGUGAAAAAAAGACUGCUGAGAAAAAAGAUGGCAGAAAGGACAAGACAACAAAAGCAGAUGCAGCAGAAAAGGCCAAGAAACCCAGCAAACCGGCAGUUAACGCACAAAGCACAACACAGAGCAAAGGUUUACCAAGUGGUGACAAGAAGGCAAAGUCUGCUGUUGGGUCAACCAAAACCAACACCACUGCCAAAAUGAGGCCAAGUGCCACAGCUGCCAGUGUUGGUUCAGCUGCAGCCACAAAAAAGCGCCCCACACUUUCCUCCACCACCUCCACAUCAGACACUCUCAGCAAAAAACCAUCCACAACCAAGGCACCAGCUACCACCACUGUUGGUCCUAAGAAGCCUGCCACAACCUCUACCAGCCGCCCAUUAAACACAGCCACAACAUGUGAUGUUAAGCCUAAGGUAACAUCAGAGAAGCGCCCCCCUGUGUCAAAGGCCAGUACUAUCACCUCUCAUCAAACAGGCACCACUAUCACCAAAAAUGGAACUGCUUCUGCAGCAGCCAAACCUGCGACAUCACUGCGCACAACUGCAUCUGCUCGCACCACUACCACUGCUUCAGCCAAAACAGCACUGGCCUCUAAGACAGACAACAAACGAGGAGAACAGAAGAAGCCGAGUAUUCCAAAGACUGCUCCAGCUGAGGCCACAAAACCGAAGACUACCAUCAGCCGUAGCACUGCUUCUACUACUACUCCUACUGCUUCUCGCACACGAACCACUACAAGCAAACCGGCUACCAUAUCGUCCUCCAUUGGCACAUUACCAGAGAAAAAGUCCUCGAUGUCUCGUACCACACGAGCCAAUUCCUCAACCACGACUACCACAACAACAAGCACCUCGAGGGCUACAGCUCGUCCCACAACAGCCCCUGCCCCUGACAUCCGGAAUGCUCGUUCUAAGGUUGGCUCAACAAAUAACAUGAAGUAUCAGCCUGGAGGUGGGAAGAUCACAUCUGCUUCUCACAACAGUGUUGCUUCCAAAGAAAUGAACCAGGGCAAAGUGCAGAUUCUCAACAGGAAGGUGGAUGUGAGUAAGGUGACGUCAAAGUGCGGUUCCAAGGACAAUCUCAAGCACAAGCCUGGUGGAGGUGACGUGAAGAUUGAGUCUCAUAAAGUUAACUUUAAAGAAAAAGCUCGGUCCAAAGUGGGCUCCAUGGACAAUGUGGGGCAUUCACCUGGUGGAGGAAACGUCAAGGCUGAGGGGGCCCAGGAGACAACAGAGGGGACUGGAACUCCCCUGAGCGGCACCUCAGCCCCAGCACCCAGCCCUGAGCCAGGGCAGACAUGGGCUCCUGCUGCCCAGGAGAAUGGAUUGAAGGGGGUGGCUCUCUGUGAUGAGGGCUUGCAGGAGCCCCAGGGUUUGGACUCGUGCAUCCCAGAGACAAGCAUCUAAUGCUGCUAUCCCUCUACUCCCUCAUUUCGACCCCCCUCCACCUCACCUCCUGUACCUGACCUACUUCUACUGCCUUUCUCUUUUCCAAACCUUCCGCUGCAGAUUGAGUCUUUCAAGCUCAACUUUAUCGAGAAUGCUUGCUCUCGCACGGACCACGGCGCUGACAUCAUCACCUGGUCAGCGCCCCAGGACAACAGACCCCACCUGCAUGGUUCCUUGUUGUUCCGUCAUCACCACCACUACCCAGCUCCUCGCAGCAUCUCCCUCAGUGAGUGUAUGGCCUCGGAAGGCUGUGUCAGCACAUUCUCCACCCC